GCCGGAGCUCCUGGUCCUGCUCUGAUUGCCCUUGUCUGACAGGAAGAUGAAGGUCUCUGUAGCUGUUUUUACUGCUCUUCUCAUUGCUGCCUGUUGCUCUCAGACCUCCUCUGCCCCAGAUGGACCUGACCUCCCAAACUGCUGCUUCUCUUAUACAUCCCGCAAGCUCCCGAAGAGACUCAUCUUGCAUUAUUACAGCACGAGCAGCAAUUGCUCCCUGCCGGCCAUUGUAUUCAUCACAAAGAAAGGCCUCCAAGUCUGUGCCAAUCCCAAUGACACCUGGGUUCUAAGCUAUCUGCAAAACUUGAAGAAGAACUGAGAGAAGCAAGAUGGCAACUGUAGCUGCUGUCAUGAAUGAGUCACAUUAUCCUGAGCUCCUACGAUGGGCAGGAUGCUGGGGUGGAAGCUGGGGCGAGCCCAUGUCACCUGUACACAGCUCCAAGAUGACUGCAGUAGGGGGUCCCUGAGAGACCCUGGGCUGGGGUAUUGUUAUUUGUCCUCUACUUGCACAGGUCAGCCUGCACUACAACUCACUACUGCCCUGGUGCCCUACCUGUGGCCUGGAAGGGCCAAUGCGUAUCUAUUAUUAGAUUAUUUUAAAUUAUUUAAUAAAUAAUCAUACUGUA